AGGGGUGGAGGAGGUGGGGGGGCACAGGGCACAUCUCACAGCAUCCUGUCUGCACACACACGGCGAUGCGCUGAAUUCCCCGGUGGGCAUGCGGUUAGCGAGUGUGGCACUGGUCUUGGCAUUGCUCCUGGCCACUCCGCUGCUCACAGAGAACCUGCUGAAGUGUGGCACCCGCCGGGCCGGGGUGAGGGGGACCUUCCGCAACGUGAGGAGCAAAGAGCUGGAGCCGGGAGCCUGGCCCUGGCAGGUCAGCCUCGAGAUGGUGGCGGAAAACAAGCAUUUCUGCGGAGGGACCAUCCUGAACGAGUUCUGGGUGAUCACGGCUGCUCACUGCUUCCUGGACCCUGAGCUGCAGAACCUGAAGGAGAUCAUCGUGGUGCUGGGCCUGAACAAGCGCCUGAGCCCCGAGAACUGGGCCCUGUACUCCAACCCCCACGACAUCAUCCUCCAUGAGAGCUUCGACGAGGAGACGGGAGUGAACGACUUGGCUCUGAUCCGCAUGAAGGACCCGAUCCAGUUUGGGCUUUACACCUGGCCCGUCUGCUUCCCCGACAACCCCACCUUCAACGAGAAAGACUGGGAAAUCUGUAUGGUGACGGGCUGGAUGAAGAUGGGGGAGGAGAGCUCAGACACGCUCCAGGAGACCUCCGUCUUCUUCCUCCCUUUCGAUGAGUGCAACAGCAAGUUCUACAACGGCAUGCUGACCCAGAACAUGAUGUGCGUGGACUUUGUGGAGAGCGACACAGCUACUUGUCACAUCAACACGGGCGGCCCCAUGGUGUGCCAGCCGGCCAACACCAACCGCUGGUUCCUCAUCGGCGUCGUCAACUGGGUCAGCGACUGUGACCGGAUGUGGCCCGGAGUCAUCACCCUGACCAAGUCCUACCUGGAAUGGGUGGAGAACACCACAGCCAAGUACGGCGCCCGCUUCGUCAUCAACCGCUACGGCUCCGAGACCGACAUCACUCACCAGGCCAAGUCCCUCAAGAUGAAAGCUGACAACUUUGCUGCUCAGAUGAUGCAGAACUAUUGGUCGUGGAACAUGAUCAAAAAGGCCUACGAGCAGACCACCACCAACACCCCGCAGUAUGUGACAGAUACCCCUGCAAACAGCCAACCCCUCCCCCUCGCUGGGGGCAGACUGCUCCUCUGCUCCCUGACCCUGGUCCUGCUGCCAACGUGA